AUGGUCGAACACCUGGAGAAGAUUGUCAUGGCUGACAAGUAUCCAGACCGAGACCGGGUGGCGGCAGGAUGUUUCUUGUUGUGCAUUUUCUUCAGGGCCCGUUUUUCAGAUAUGAUGAACUUGCAGGAUCUCAUUUUGGAUGAAAUUGUCGUUGAUGGAAGCCCCCAUGGGUACAUUGAAGGGAAAGUUGGUCGAACAAAAUCAGCCUACACAACCGAAAUGAAAACGAAGUACCUGCCGAUGGUUGCACCGCGUUUUGGUGUUACCGGGGCUGACUGGUUCACCACCUGGAGGGAAGUUGGUGUCAGGUGUGGAAAACCGAGGGGUGAGGCUACGCCCAUGCUGCCAUAUCCUUCCAAGGGCGGAUGGACAAAGACACCUCUUGGAGCUGGAGAAGGUGCUGACUGGUUGCGGCAACUGCUGCAGGUGUCGGGUAUACCGCCUGGAGCGCUUGGGAACAUCGGAACACAUUCGCUCAAGACCACAACACUCAGCUGGAUGGCCAAGUUUGGGGCCCCAAUCAGUAUCAGGCAACAUUUGGGAUAUCAUAUGCCGAGUGCCGACAAGAUGGCCCUGCUGUAUUCACGUGAUGCAUCUGCUGGACCGGUUAGGAAGCUUGAGGAAUGCCUUGCUUGUGUCAGGGAGAAGACCUUUGUCCCUGAUGCCACGCGAUCUGGGUACUUUCCAAUGCAGGGGCGUCGACUCGAGCCUGAAACUGAACAGGCCCUUUCUGGGGUUGGCACCCCUGAAACUGACACGGUAGUGGAUUUCAGUGACACAGACUCUGAAGACUCCCGUGACGAUGAGCAUGCCUUUGAGGAACAAAACAUGAAUGAGGCGGCCAUGGACCACGUGGUAGGCUCAUGGAAUGAACAUGCAACUCUUGAAGCCCUGGGAGUUCAAGAGGACGCCCCGCUCUUCAGGAACCGAUUCACCAGAUACAUUCAUUUGCUUUCAGAGGAGGGGGGCAACAAGUUUCGAUGCGGCAGGGAGAUCAAUAACAAAUAUGAAGAGCUUGAGAUUAGGAGGCUCUUUCACGAGGCCUACAGCCUUACAGCAGCGGAGCUUAAGCACUCAGUUGAGCGAGUUGAGGACAUGCCAGUAAAGAAACUAGCACAGCCUGAACGUGCAGAUAGGAAAACAGAUUGCAGCAUGUUGAACUUAGCAGGUGCACUUCAAAAGAACAGGUUGGCUUUGAUGAGACGAGGCCUCGCCUUUGACCAGGCGAACUUGCUGGACUACCUGGAGCAUGACAGGCCAAAGAAUAAGGGCAAGGGAAAGUCUAAGGGUCAACAAGGCGGUGGAUCGCUCACCAUCAAGAUGCCUGUUGGGCUGGAAGGCGGGGCACCUGGGAACCGCAACAACCAGCCCAUAUGUUUUGACCACAACCUUCCUCAUGGUUGCAAAUUGCCCGUGACCAAAGGCUGUUGCUUGACGGCCUGCCUUCAACAUGUUCCCAGUGGCUCAAAGCUGCUCAGUUUUUCGAAAAAGGGGGAAGGCGAGAGCAGCUUAGUUUUGAAGUUUGGUAUUUACAGAACUCCCAUGAAGUGGAUUGACAGGUCUUUGACGUUGCACCACCCGUUUGACACUUUUCAUGUCGUUCCUGAUCAAAUGCUUGAUGUAUUAUUAUUUUUCAUUUUGACCACGUCCCCUGCAGAUGUUUGCAACUUUCGAAUCUCCAAAAUGAAGCUCUGGAUGAGUUGGGCAGAGGAGCUUGAAGCGCAAGAGAAAGAACACAAGUCACGCCUUGACCCUGAGGUUGGACAAGUUCUUGCCCCCAAAAGGCUCCUCCUGCUCAGAAAGAUAGCUUGCAGCUUGGAUUGGCCUGACACCAAUCUUUUUGACGAAAUUGAUGCGGGCUUCAAACUCACUGGAAUCCAGAGCCCUUCAAAUGUCUUUGGGCUUGAACCCAGACCACCGCAAGCCUCUGAAGGGGAGUUAUGGGCUAGCGCAAAAUUCAUUAGACCUGCGUUGAUUGGCAAGGUCAAAAGUGCAGCUCUUAAUACUGAGAGUCAGCCAUUGUGGGAUGCUACAAUGGAGGAAGCGAGUAACCAUCACUGGAUGACUGGCCCGCAUGCAGUUGAACAAGUUCAUGAUAUUUUCAAUGGGCAGCCUUGGAUACCUGUGAGACGAUUCGCAGUUCUGCAGUCCUCUGGUGAUAGAACGAAGCUCCGGCCUAUUGACGAUUUCGCAGAAAACCGUGUGAACACUGCCUAUGGCUACUCAGACAAGUUGGAUUUGCGUACUUUAGACCAGGUAGUGUGGAUGACAGCUGCCAUCACCCGCGCACUGGCGUUGGGAUAUGUUUCAUUUCGAAGGAGUGAUGGAGCCCGUCUGGAGGGUAAGGUCCACUCCGCAUAUCUGGUAGAGGGUGGUGGUCAACCUCUCCUUUCUGUUUUGGAUUUGUCAUCAGCAUAUAAACAAUUUGCGAUCAGUAAGGAGUGCAGGCGGCUCUCUGUCAUCGCUCUUAAGGAUCCUUCAGACAAUUCAUGCAAGUGCUUCAUUGGCAAUGUGCUGCCAUUUGGGGCGACGGCCAGCGUGGUUCAUUUUAACCGCGUGUCCCGGCUGAUCCACUCCAUUGGGCUCCAUGCUGGACUACUUUGGGGAAACUAUUUCGACGACUUUCCAAUGGUGGCACCUUGCUUAUUGAAACAGUCCUCAAUGAACAUGGCUAAGCUCCUACUCGACAUGCUCGGGUUCCAGUUUGCCGACCAUAAACUGAAGCCCUUUGACUCAAAAGCCACUGUUCUUGGGGUCGAGAUUGACACCAGCGAAUCUAUGAAUGGUUUUGUCCUGGUGAGGAACAAGCCCGGCAGGGUGACAGAGGUCUCGGAUACAGUCAAUGGAAUUCUGGCCCGUGGCACGUUGACGGCAAGGGAGGCUAGCCGGAUCCUGGGCCGCAUACAAUUUGCAGAUGCCCAGGUUAUGGGUCGGGUUGGAAGAAUUGCCAUGCACGAGUUCCGGCUUGCCAUUAAAAGCCAUGAGAGCGUUGCUGGCCACACCAUCGGGGGCGUUGUGUCCAAUGGCAACCGCUUUGAAUAUUUUUCAUGUGCAGUGCCGGAGCGCUUGGUUGAGGAGUGGGGAUCUAAGUUCUCCCACUUUAUUGGACUUGUGGAGCUCUAUGCCAUUUUGGUGAGCCGGCGUCAAGCAGUUUGUCCUCUGACAGGGGUUCGAAUGACCGUCCUCCAGUUGCAAUGCCACAUUGAGGAGACAGUUGACCUUUUGCAGGACAUGGGUUUCGACGGCCAUUUUAUUGUCAUUUUUCUGGACCAAGUUCAUGCUGAACUCCAAAGAUUUUUGCGUAUGUGUGAUCGCGCCAUUGCUGGCCUCGAAUACCGUCUUUUUGACAUUUUUCUCCGACGCCUUCGCCUUUGA